AUGAAGGAAUUAAUCAUUCUUAACUUAGGAUGGAAUGGAGGUAUAAUCGGAGAUCAUCUAUAAGAAUAAUUAGCUACUGAAAAUCAAAUACAAGAUUUAAAUCUUUUAAAUAAAGAAUCAGAUUUUUUAGCUAAAUCCUUUUAUUAUGAAACUUAAAAUGGACAAUUUAUUCCUAAAACCAUUUUUGUUGAUUGUGAUACAUAAUUUCAAAAGAAGAAAUUAUAUGCUAAAUAAAAUGUAUAUAAUGAUAUUUAUUUGAUAGUUUUCAUCAUUUAGAUAAAUGAUUGAGAAAUGUGAAAGCUUACAAGGAAUAGUUGUUAUCAAUACAACUAAUUAAAAUUAUGAUAAUUACAUUAAAGAAUAAUAAUCCUUGAUACCUACACUUCCAUUUUACUUUGUAAACUUAAUUGAAGAUUAAAUAUCAUAUUCAUAACAAAUAAGUAUGUUAAAGUGUUAUGAAAUGCUUAAAGAAUUUGCAGAAGUUUGUUUAUAGAUAAAUGGAAGUGUAUUUUUAGAAAAUAAAUAAUAUACAACCUAUCCUCCUAGAAAUAUUUCAUAAUUCUUAAGUUUUUGUUUAGCUUCAAUUAAUCAAACAUAUAAAAAGUAAUUUGAUAUCACAACAUUUUCUUAACAUCUAUUUUUAGAUUAUGAUUAAAAAUUCUUAUCUUGUGGUUUUGAUAACACAUAUGUAAAUGCCUUUGCUAAUAAUUUUGGAGGUAUUAAUUAUCAAGAAGGUAAAUUUAAUAAAACAGGGAUUAUUAUUAGAGGAGAACCAAACUUAGAAUAACUUAAAUGGGUUUAAGAUAUUACAUAAAUUCCUGCUCAAAUGGGUAUACUUGAGAAAAAUUACCCUGGUAUUGCUUAAAUUAGUAAUCAUAGUAAUAAUGUAAAUCUUUUGGAAAAAACUAUUAAUAAAUUUUAAUAAGUUCCAAAACAAUUUUUUAAUAUUGAUUAUGAAGUUAAUGAUAGUCUCAAUUAAAUUGUUGCAGCUUAUUAAUGA